AUGACUUUCACAACACCUACUAGCUUUACCUCUCCGGGGCUUUGCUUGAACACUACAAAGAAGAUACCUCUGCCUGGUAAGAUUGAAGAAGUUCGUGCUACUGGAUGGCUUGAUCUCAUGAAGGCCUCAUCACCUACCCGCAAAAGGCAGACCAAGGAUGUCAUCUGUGAUACUCAAUCUGAUGAUCUUGAUUUGCAAUACCGCAACUGGAUGGUGAACUAUCCUUCUGCUUUGACCUCAUUUGAGGCAAUUAGUGAUCUUGCUGGGAGUAAAAGAUUGGCAUUGUUUCUUGACUAUGAUGGAACACUUUCACCGAUUGUGGACAAUCCUGAAAAUGCAUUAAUGUCUGAUGAGAUGCGUGCUGCAGUGAGGCAUGUGGCAUCACUUUUCCCAACUGCAAUCAUUAGCGGAAGGUCUCGUGAUAAGGUUUUUGACUUUGUCAAGCUAAAUGAACUAUACUAUGCUGGAAGCCAUGGAAUGGACAUAAUGGGCCCUGUUAGGAAGACUACUGACUCCAAUGGCGUGGAAUGUAUUCGGUCAACUGAUGCGCAUGGUAAAGAAGUCAAUCUGUUCCAACCUGCUAGUGAGUUUUUACCUAUGAUCACUGAGGUGUAUGAAAAACUUGGUGAGAGUGUUAAGGACAUUGAUGGUGCAAGGAUGGAAGACAACAAGUUCUGCGUGUCUGUGCAUUACCGUAAUGUGGCGGAAGAUGACUAUAAAAAGGUUUUCCACCGUGUAAGUGCUGUUUUGGAAGAUUACCCUUGCCUAAGACUAACCCAUGGGAGGAAGGUUUUUGAGGUCCGUCCUGUUAUUGAUUGGAACAAAGGUAAAGCUGUGGAGUUUUUACUUGAAUCGCUUGGGCUCAACGAGAGUGAAGAUGUUCUCCCUAUCUAUGUUGGAGAUGACAGAACAGAUGAAGAUGCAUUCAAAGUUCUGAAGGCAAGCAACCGUGGCUUUGGAAUAUUGGUGUCAUCUAUACCCAAAGAGAGUGACGCCUUCUAUUCCUUGAGGGAUCCAGCUGAGGUGAUGGAAUUUCUGAGAAUGUUGGCAGCAUGGAAGGAGCAGUCCACCUGA